CUGAGGAGGUGAGGUCGCCGCCGUUGGCCGGGAUGUGGACGCGAUCAGCUGACCAAGUUCAGCAGUUAUAAGUAACUGAGGCGGAUACACAGAAUCUCCUGCUUCUUUCUUUGGUCUCUGGCAGUUGUUGACAUAAUGGCAGACGAAUCCCCCCAACCUCGAAGUAACACCAGCAUUGGGGGAGGAGGUGGGGGAGAGGUCAGCAUUAACACAGCAACAGGAGACCAGGAACCAUUAGUCAUUGGUCAGGAGCAGAAUCAUUAUCCUUUGCCUGUUGUGCCUGCUCUUUAUGGGAAACUGCUCUUACUGAUUGUGUUACCAGCUGGAGGAUUUCUUGUCCCUGUUUUAUAUCGUGAAGAAGAGAGAACAACGGAUACCUUUUCUGUGCUUCAGUACUUCCAUGUCAUUAUUUGGGCUUUUACUAUGAUCAUCACAUGGUAUGUGAAGGCAGAGCACAAAAAUUCUCGCAUUCUUGGUUAUCAUGAUUUCUACAAUGCUACUCGUCAUCUCCACAGAAUUACAUUUUAUAUCCUUAGUGGAGGGAAUGUAUUUCUGAUAAUACUGGGAAGCCUUGUGAAAGAUUACUGUGUCGAUGAAAGUACAGCACGUUGCAGUUUAAAUGUAUCCCUGUCUUCUGUUAAUUAUCAGCAGAUAUUCUUCAUUUUAGAAGUGAUUCUUGCCAUCCCAUUUGUUAUCAAACACAUUGUUGAGGUUGUAAGAUUCAAUGGGGCUGGAUUACCACCUGACACAUUAGCUGAAGACCUUACAUUCAGGUUCACACGUCCUGAUUCGUAUGUAGGAGUAAGAGGACCAAGCAAUCUUGAAUGGGUUCUUGAGCGCCAGGCUGAUCUCCUACAGGUUUUGCGGCACAGGAAUUCCAUUCUUACUCAGCAGAUCUAUGCACUUACACAGCAAAUGCAAACCUGAAAUAGCAAAUUGAAUACUUAAUAAGGGUAGGAAAGAGGUUGCCGUAUAUACUUGUGUCGUUAGUCAGGUACUUUUUGUAUCCAGGUGACUGUAAUACAUGUUUUUAUUAUAAGUGUCUUUCUAGAGACUUGUGCAUUACGCAUUUUUGUUGUAAUUUAGAUGGUACACUCAGUUUACAGACUCCUAGAAAUUAAUAGGUCAAUUACAGUCUUAGGAAUUUUUCUUUUUACUAAAAGUAGCCUAGGGUUUGUAACAGGAUUUUUCUGGAAUAUUAGAAUUUUGGAGUUUGAAUACUGAAGUCAUAACAGUGUAUAAAAAUAGAAAUCAGUUCUAUUUCAAAGAAUUUGAAGUCUUCAGUCUGCCAAAGAGUAUUAGAAUUUUUGCAGUAUGAUGUUGGUUUCUGUAGUCUUAGUGAGUGUAGUGCAAUCUAAAUAUUUUGCAAUUUCCAUGCAUUAUCAUUCUCUACCUUCGUUUCUUUAAUUUUAAAUAAAUAAAAGUCUUUAUUUGUAUAUCUAGAGUUUUAUACAUAAAAUAAAAGUAUUUGUAUAUUCAAAGUUAUUAAAUAUCUUCCUCCUGCUAAGAAUUAAUGCUAGGAAAAUUUGAAAAAUGUGCAUAAAAGGAUAAUUGGUAAGGUAUUGUUCAGUAUUUUAUUACAUAAAGCAGGUAGGAAGCUCUAUAGUCACAAGUACUAAUAAACCUACUAAUGAUUACAGCAUUAAUAUGUAGGAACAGAUAUAUGUGGCUAUAUUAGUAGGCUAAAUUUUAGUGUUUAUUUAAUAUAUAUCACAAUACGCAUUUCUUGUACUUCCUUAUACGACUGAUCUGUUUAUUCUUUCAUCAGCUUUUCAUGCAAGUCUUAUCUUCUAGGUGCGUACAUUUAAAAAUAUUGUGUGCAUUCUCAAUUUGCUUCCAAUGUUUGUGUUGGUAGUUUAACAAAGACAUAAUAUACUAGGGAUGUUAUAUAUGUUUUAUGAAUCAUUAUAAUGGGUACAGUUUUCUGUGUCAAAAAUGAUGACAAUGGUUGCAGGUCCACAGUAAUAUAGUAUGUGAGUAUAUGGUCUUUAAUGGAUAUUAAAAGCUUUCGAACCUUGUAGUAGGUACAUCAUCAUCAGUCAAGUCAAGAUGAAGAUGAACCUAGUACAAGGUUCAAAUGCUUUUAAUAUCAAUGAAAGACCAUAUACUCACAUACUAUAUUAAUGUGGACCUGCAACCACAAUCAUUAUAAUGCCAGCAUUGUAAAUUCAAGAAGUCUUAUUUUAAGAUUCUUACUGUCUUAAUUAUGGAUGACAAGAAUUUCACAUAUUUUUCAUUGUUGGUUGGAAUACCAGACAUGAUUUGUGGUGAAGGAGAUGGCAGAUAACCUGACAUGCAUUUUGCUCAUGCUCAAUUGACAUAACCUAUUCUGCGUUUCCCUUAUAACCAAAUAGAGAAAGCAGCCCUUUCCAAAUUGCAAGUUUUUAAAAGCUUAAUUUUGCAUGGUAAUGAAACCAUGAAUAAGCUACAAGAUUGGUUUCAGCAUGAUUAUCUUUUCUUGGAUUUUUUUUUCACUAUAAUUUUUUAAUUGUGGUAAUCUCAGUUGCCUUUAGAUUUUUGGCCUAAGUUUGCCUACAUGAAUGGAUUUUUGUCUUGAUUUUGGAAAGACAGCCUUGUUUUUAAUGAGUGAAAAUUUAAUAUACAAUUGCUCCUUAUGUAGCAUUCCUUGUGCAGUGCAUAUUUGCAGAUAUACAUUCUGUAUAAUGACAGACCACACCACUUAGCAUGGUACAAUAAUGGCAACUGUCAAGAUUAUGAUGCAACAAAAGUGCGGUGAACACAAAUGUAAACUGCCAAGAAAGAGCACAAAUAACAUGGCAUUCUAAUGUUUCUGGAGUCUUUCUUCAGUGGCUUUAGCCUAGAGAGAUGCCAGAACCAUUGGAAACCAAGGGAUCUGGUGGAGGAAGCCAUCCUUUUGGGAGCUAGACCAUUUAAGAAGAAUGAUUAAAUAGAAAGAACCAUUUCAGACAGUUCCAGUUAAGAGAUAACAUUUCCAUCAGCAGUCCAAUAGUUUUUGCCCCUGGUUUAAAAAGCUUGAUGAAAGGGGUUUAAAAAGCUUGAUGAAAGGGAACCAAAUAGAUAAGCACAGCAGAUCAGAUCAAGUUUUGAUGAAAAACACAGUCAAAAGUGGUGGUUGCAGUCCUAAUCGGGAAGCUGGGCAUGGACAAAAGGGAGGGACCCAGCUACUUAAGAAUAAGGUUAACAACAUUGUGACUGGAGGCAUGCUAUAUGUUGUGACCAUUAACUUGAUAGCAAUUAAAAGAUUUUUGACUGGACAAUCAAAGACACCCGUGUAAACAUAAAGAAUUAAGCAUUAAAUAAGUCUCUUUGCCAACAAGAGGCAAAACAGCAGAUUUAGUGGACAAGGACAAGUCAAUCCCCAGGUGACUGAAUCAAGAUAGAAAAACUUCCUCGAAUGAUGCUAAAACAACUAAGAGAGUGUAUCUCACUCAUGCUGCAAUUGUAGAAAGGACAAGGCAGUGCAACAUUUGCACGAUCAUACAUCUUCGUCUUUGGAGAGCGAAUCUUCGGCUAAGGACGUUCAGUAAACUGCAGCAACAUCAAAAGUCACGGCCGUAACAUUGAGGCAAGGGCAAGGCAACCAGGAACUGUUAUCAAAGGAAAAAAAGCAGGAAAGAUCAGUCCAAGCACUAGAAACUACUCUGGCACUGUAGAUACACUCGUCCAUGUCCCAGAGCACAAUGGAAGGAAGGGGACAGAAGACAAUCUAGGCGGGAGCAGCACUGACAGCAGAUGUGUAGACAAGGCGGAAUGUCUGAAAACAAGGUUGUGACCUACACAAAAAGACAAAGCCAAAUCUAAUGUUGAAUGUGGGGGGGGGGGGGGGGGGGGGGGGGGGGGGGGGGUUGUUGUACGAAGCAGCUCUUGAAGCUAUGGCACAGAAAAGCAGAGCACAAACAUGAAACUAAAUAAAAGUAUCAAAAGGAAAAGUCCUUAAAUAAUUGGUGGACAUUAUUGCACAAUAAAAAAGUUGGAAUCAUAAGCAAAUUUCCUUCAUUACUGGUAUUAUCCACUGUCAUCUAAUUAUUCUAUCCUGUACAUUGUACCACAGAGGAUUCACUUUAGCCUGUGCCACUGAGGGUUUAUUCAAGCCUGUACAAAUUAUAUACCUGUUAGGGGGUGAGAGAGGCUGCUAACUUGAUAUAACUUAGUGAUUAUUUUAUUACAUUUAAGUAGAACUUCUGAAUUUCUGUGAGUUGUCUUGAAGGCUAUAAAAAAUUGGACAUAGUGCAUUACAACUGGCAUAUAAACUUGAAAAAUUAAGAGCAGACGGCAUAGUUGCAACCUAUGCUCUUAAGAUAGCACAGGUUUCAGUAACUUUGCUGCUUACAUAACCUAAUCAUUGCAUGUAACAAUCAUUAAUUUUGUUGGCCUUGAAGUCUUUGGGAUAUCAUAGCUUUAGCAAAGGAUCAAACAAGCAAAUUAUUACACCACAUCUAAAAUGGUUAUUAGCAAAUAUCUUGAGAUAAGCAGUGUCACUGUUCUCCCAGACACCGGAAAUUCACCAUGCCAAGUGUAUUGCCCAUAAGUAGUUUCUUAACUUUGCGAUAGGCAUUCAGAAAUCUUCCAGUUAUUCCAACCACUUUUAGUCUUACCCAUCCCCAGUCUUUUUGUUUUUUUUCCAGGUCAGUGUGAGAUACAUUUGCAGUGUUCUCACAUUGGACAAAAAAAAAUUAGGCAAGAUAGUGUUUGUGUAAGAUUUUUUUUAGAACAAUUUUAGUUCACAACUAACAUAUAAAUCUUCAAUUUAGUCUACAAUGCUUACUUUACAGAUUAGUAACACGUGAUAGCAGAAGAAUAAUUCUGUAACCUCGCAUCAUUGCUCUCUUUGCCUAGUAACCAGUGCUUUUAGCCCCUCACGACAGUUACAUCAAUUCUGAGUUUGCAGUGAUCUCUACCUGUUAAAAAAUCAAACUGUAUGCUAGUGGCUCUCGAUGGUUUUCCUUUUAGAGUGUUAUUUGUUGCCUCAUUUUCCCUCUCAGAAGUUAUAUUUUUCAGCUUGUAUCAGAAUACCUGUACAGUUUAAAGUCUUGGCAUUUUAGAAUCUUGUCGUAUAUUUUUUUUUUCUAGUCCUGUCUGUGUACGUCAUCUGUUCUGGAUGCUAACUGUAACUUUUUAUGAUGGAUUGUUAGAACUAUUAUGAAAUCCUUUAAAUUCACCACCUUAUUUUAUUUUGUAAAUUAAAUUGUCAUUUACCUUUUAAUAUGUGCCACUGCAUUGAAAUAAAUGAUUCAGUAUCAAGAAAUAAUUAAGAACAAAUAUAAAAAAUAUAUUUGCUUUUGUAGCUUAUUUUAUACUGUAUAGUAUAACUGAAUUUUGUAAGUUACUUUGUACAACCUGACUAUACUAAUAUUUUUGAAAUCUUUAUAUUACCAUUUAAAAUCCAAAAGAAACCUAAUACACAUAUGAAGAAACCUAUUUUAUAUAUGUGAACACAUACUGAGUAAUUAAAAUGACAGAGAAAUUUAGGCUUUCUUGGUAGGUAGUGACAGAUAUGAUGUACGUAUAGUAAAUGCUGUCAUUAACUCAUUUGUGUGCUAUUGUAUGUAAAGAAUAAAUGGCUGUGAUUGUUUAGUCAGGCUUGUGCAUUCCUGAGCUGGUUCAAACAUAUAUUUUGAUAAUUGAAAGAAUCACCAAUUUAUUGUGUAACGAUGUUUCCAAAAUAAAUUAAAUUUUUGUA